GGACCGGGCCAGCGGGCCGUACAAGGUGCAGGUCUGGGCAGAGUACGGCUCGCUGGAGUACCCGCAGAUGUCGCACCCAGGCGCCUCCGCGCUCUUCGCGACGCCGCCAGAGCCCCCUGGGCCGGUGGGUGUGCGGCUGGCAGCGGAGCCGUCGGAGGAGGCCUUCAGUGUUCAGUGGGACACGCCGUUCGACGACGGUGGUUCCGCCAUCGAGUGCUACGAGCUGGCACUGUUCCCUCCCACCCCAGCGGUACAGGCGGCCGGCGGGGCGGAGGCGGCGUGCGGCGGCGGCGCGCCGCAGGGGGCCGCCCCCGCGGAGCCGGUGGGGCGCUGGACCACAACAGAGCACGCGCACUCCUUCGCUGGGCUGCCGCCUGGCAGCGGCCCCUACGAGGUGGAGGUGCGGGCUAGGACUGCCGCGGGCCUGCUGGGCCCCCGCUCGCGCCUGCGCGCCAGCACGGCGGUGGCC